GGAUCGUGUCUCGACAAGUGGUGAUGCUUGAUGCUUCAAGAACCCACAUCGAUCUUCGCACUUACGCUACCAGCCAAUCAAAGCCCUUCACUAUAUAUCUUGGCGCCCACACAACGCGCGAAAAAGCUAAGCGACCGUGAACUUUUCGACAACCUCUUAAGCAAAAGUCCACACCACACGCCCAGCGCAGGAUAACCACUUCUUUGCGUCUACCCCCCACUCCACCACAAUGCCAUCCACAAAGCGCGCAACCGGCGGUGCCGCCGCGAAGAAGAGCCAGAAGAUCACCAAGAAGUUCAUCAUCAACUGCUCGCAGCCGGUCAACGACAAGAUCUUCGACAUCCAGGCCUUCGAGAAGUUCCUGCACGACCGCAUCAAGGUCGAGGGCCGCACCGGCAACCUCGGCGAGACCAUCCAGAUCUCCCAGCAGGGAGAUGGCAAGAUCGAGGUCAUUGCCCACCAGGAGUUCUCUGGCCGCUACCUGAAGUACCUCACCAAGAAGUUCCUCAAGAAGCAGCAGCUCCGUGACUGGCUCCGCGUCGUUUCCACCUCCAAGGGUGUGUACGAGCUCCGCUUCUUCAACGUCGUCAACGACGAGGCCGACGAGGACGAGGACUAGAUCCCACGAUCUGGCUAUGCGAUAUGAUCUGCAUGUGCAUGGAGUCUAUUGCUCAAAAAUGGGUCUGGGCGGUGGUUUUUUAGAGG